CCGGCGCCCUCCGCCUCCGCCCUCCCCGACGGCCAGGUGCAGAGUGCCCGGGGAACCGGGGGGAUUUACUUUCUGACAGCGGCCGAGCAGCCCGGGUCAGCGGGGCGGGGGCAAGCUGAGCCCCUCUCGCAGGAUUAAGGCCGCCCAGCCCAACCCGCAUCUGGAGUCGCUAUUCCCCAUCCUCCUCUGCCGCCCAUCCCUGCCUGAUGGAUUUCAACCUGCUGGCAGAGGCAGAGGCUCGCAGCCCAGCCUUGUCUCUCUCCGACUCCGGGACCCCUCAACACGAACACAGCUGCAAAGGGCAGGACCACAGCGACACUGAGAAGUCCCAGCAGAACCAGACAGACGACUCCAACCCUGAGGAUGGCUCUCUGAAGAAGAAGCAGAGGAGGCAGAGGACACACUUCACCAGCCAGCAGCUCCAGGAGCUGGAAGCCACUUUCCAGAGGAACCGCUACCCAGACAUGAGCACCAGGGAGGAGAUUGCAGUCUGGACCAACCUGACAGAGGCACGAGUCCGGGUCUGGUUCAAGAACCGCAGAGCUAAGUGGAGGAAAAGGGAGAGGAACCAGCAGGCAGAGCUGUGCAAGAACAGCUUUGGGGCCCAGUUCAACGGACUGAUGCAGCCAUACGAUGACGUGUACUCCAGCUACUCCUACAACAACUGGGCCACCAAAGGGCUGGCCACCAGCCCGCUCUCGGCCAAGAGCUUCCCCUUCUUCAACUCCAUGAACGUCAGCCCCCUCUCCUCCCAGCCCAUGUUCUCCCCCCCCAGCUCCAUCUCCUCCAUGACCAUGCCUUCAUCCAUGGUCCCUUCCGCCGUGCCGGCCUCCAGCCUCAACAACCUGGGCAACAUCAACAACCUCAACAGCCCCGGCCUCAGCCCCGCCGUCUCCUCCAGCGCCUGUCCCUACGCCUCCACAGCCAGCCCCUACAUGUACAGGGACACGUGCAACUCCAGCCUGGCCAGCCUCAGGCUGAAGGCCAAGCAGCACGCCAACUUCCCCUACCCGCCCGUGCAGACGGCGGCCUCCAACCUCAGCCCCUGCCAAUACGCCGUGGACAGGCCCGUAUGAAGGGCUGCCCCCUGCCCCACAGGGACUCGACCUCAGCCUGACCAGAGGAGAUUUUUAGCCCUACCACAGCAGACGUCCUGCAGAGCACCAGAGUCAACGGGAGAAAGGUGGAGAGCGGGAGAGAGCCGGGCGAGCGGCGGGCAGACCUCUACCCAGACCUCUCUGACUAUCCUAUGGUGAAUGGUGACUGUCCCCUCCUUCCCAAACACCUCCCCCCCUCACCCCCUGUCCCAGCCUCCUCCCCUCUUGGUAAAGAAACCAAAACAAGUCUACUGGAAGCCCCGUGGGGAAAAGGGAGCCCCAGUGCAUGGGGUGCCUGACCCAUGGGCAGCAGAACCCAGGGUGGUCCCACCUUCCCCCCACCCCCGGGGCAGCACGGGCAGCUGGGUGCCACCCCUGCAGGGGACAGACAGGGACAGGGCCACACUGGGCAGUGCCUGGCUGACCCCUGCUCCCUGCACACCCCUGAGAGCCCAGCUCCAGGCUGCUUGCCCACCUAUCUAACCCCCAGCUGGGGAGGAAAGCCUUGUCCCACACCAUUGGCAUCUUCUGGUGAUUUGUGUACAUGCACGGCCCACAAGAGGUGAAGACUUCAGGAACUGGGAGUUGUAAGGUUAUAAAAUAUGUGUGUGUGUAUAUAUAUAUAUCUCAUGUAUAUAUACAAAUACAUAUAUUGGCAUUGAAAUAGGAUUUCUUUGGUCUGCACCCAAAAUAAAUGACAAAGGAGACCUUCAAGCCAACCGCCCCCAGAGCAAGCACUUCCACCAAGGCAGUGUCCUGCCUGCCAGGCCUUACUGCUCCAGUCAUUUCCAGUCAGACAGGAACACCUUUACCAGUCUACAUCCAAAGCAUCCCCUUUUUGCAACACUCAGCUCCCCCCUGCACAUCUCCUCCCCCUCCCCAAAUCCCAUUAAAAAAAA